CGGUGGCGAGUUUUCUAUCAUAAGUUAGGUUAUAUAUCGUAUGCAUCAAAUCAUACAAUUAUUUAUAAGCUAGUUUUUUAAGGAAAAAACACUUAAAUUUAGUGAAUUUGCAGUGCGAAAUCUUUAAAAAACCACAGACGAACACUUGGCACAAACGAAAGUUACGUGUAAACGUCGUGGCUUUUGUUUAAUUAUUUUGAAUAAUAAACAUAUAAAAAAUAUAUAUAUAAACUUUGGCAACUAAAACCAAUCCCAAAACACACAAGCAACAACAACAACAGCAACUAGUGUAAAAUUCAAAGUGUAAACAAGAAGCUACAACAAGCGACAAAACACAAACGGACACCCGGCAACAUUUUCAAGUCCACAAGUGCAACAUAAACAGCAGCAAAAUUACGUCAAUUAUUGAAAAUCUACCCGGCGCAAUAGCUCACAAUCAUCAAAACAACAUCAUGGAAGAAGACGAGAGGGGCAAAUUAUUUGUUGGCGGCCUGUCCUGGGAGACAACGCAGGAGAAUCUGUCUCGUUACUUCUGUCGCUUUGGCGACAUUAUCGAUUGUGUCGUUAUGAAGAACAAUGAGAGUGGCAGAUCGCGUGGAUUUGGCUUUGUUACCUUCGCCGAUCCCGGAAAUGUUAACCAUGUUCUUCAAAGUGGACCGCAUACACUCGACGGACGCACGAUUGAUCCGAAGCCCUGCAAUCCUCGUACGCUGCAGAAGCCGAAGAAGGGCGGCGGCUACAAGGUGUUCCUUGGCGGUUUGCCAUCGAACGUGACGGAGACCGAUCUCCGCACGUUUUUUGGUCGCUAUGGCAAGGUCACCGAGGUGGUCAUCAUGUACGAUCAGGAGAAGAAGAAAUCACGUGGAUUUGGUUUCUUAUCUUUCGAAGAGGAGGCCUCCGUGGAGCAUGUUACCAACGAGCGUUACAUCAAUCUGAAUGGCAAGCAGGUGGAGAUUAAGAAAGCUGAGCCACGCGAUGGUUCCGGUGGACAGAACUCGAACAACAGCGCUGUGGGUGGUGCCUAUGGCAAGUUGGGCAACGAGUGCAGCCACUGGGGACCACAUCAUGCGCCCAUUAACAUGAUGCAAGGCCAGAACGGUCAGAUGGGUGGCCCACCAUUAAACAUGCCGAUUGGUGCGCCCAACAUGAUGCCCGGUUAUCAAGGCUGGGGUACUUCGCCGCAGCAGCAGGGCUAUGGCUAUGGCAAUAGCGGCCCGGGUUCUUAUCAGGGUUGGGGAGCACCACCCGGUCCCCAGGGACCACCACCGCAAUGGUCGAACUAUGCUGGACCCCAGCAGACCCAAGGAUACGGCGGCUAUGACAUGUACAACUCGACUUCGACUGGAGCACCGUCGGGACCAUCGGGAGACGGCAGCUGGAGUAGCUGGAAUCUGCCACCCAACUCGGGUGGGCCAACAGGCGCACCAGGUGCUGGCGCCAGCGCCGGCACGAACAUGUACUCGCGUGCCCAGACAUGGGGAGCGGGCGGACCAUCGACCACUGGGCCCGUGGGCGGCAUGCCGCGCACUGGACCCGGCAACUCGGCCUCCAAGUCUGGAUCCGAGUACGAUUAUGGCGGCUAUGGCUCUGGCUCCGGCUACGAUUACGAUUAUAGCAAUUAUGUUAAGCAGGAGGGCGCAUCCAACUACGGCGCCGGUCCGCGAUCAGCUUACGGCAAUGACAGCUCUACACAGCCACCGUACGCCGCAUCGCAGGCCGUCUAAGGAGCCAGCGCCCGCGUGUUGUCUCGUGUCAUCCUGCGGCCCCCAAGAGGUGAAUGAUGAAGAUGACAAAAAGAUGGUGGUAAUUGUAAGCUAAAGCGUCGUCUGUUCGUUUCAUAUUUUUAAAAGAUAAUUUUUAUUUGAGAUCAGUUGUUGAAAUUAAUUAAUGUAAUUCCUGUGUACACAACAAAUAAUUUAAAAACAUAAUUUAACACACACACAAACAACAACACAAAAUCAGCUUGAAAGCAAAAUCCCUAGCAAAAAAGAAGGCAGGUACAUAGAUUUAUAUAUAAUAUAUAUAUAUAAAUAUAUAUGUAUGUGUAUGUAAAUGUAUGUAUCUAUUAUAUACAUGUACAUAUACAUACGUAUAGAUAUAAAUAUAUAUGUAUAUAUUUUAUAGCGAUGAGUAUGUAAAAAUUCAUAGGCAACAACAAACAAACAAAAAGCACUCAACUCAAUCCAGAGCAAAAAAAAAAAAACAUUUUUCAUGCGUUCCCCCGCCCCUUCUUGACAGUCGUAUAUUUAUAUAUGCACUGAUUCCUGUCCCUCCCUAUUAACAAUAACAAUCCAACUAAAAUUACAAAUACAUGCAUAUUGAAAACAAAAACACGAAAUUAAUAAUAAUAAUAAUGAUAGAAUUGUGAAGAUAUAAAAGUAUAAAGAUUAGCCAAUUAGAGACACAAGAGAAAAGUGUACGGAAAACCAAGAAAAGAAACUUAAUAUUAAAAAAAGAAAGAAAAGAAAUUAUAAGAAAUUAUACAUAAAAACAAAACACAUCCCCUUAACUACUAAAAUUAGUAAAUACAAAUUCGAAAUUGUACAUUUAAAUUGACUAGUUGGCAAAAAAAAAAAAAAAAAAAAAACGAAGUAAAUGAAAAAGCAAAGCGCAUCAGGCCCAUGUGUCGCGCCUCUAGCUUGAAGCAAACAAGCAAGCAAUUUGGCGACAAGGCGUAGCAGUAGAAUAACAGUAGAAAAAACAAUUAUACAGGAAAAACAUAAACAACUUAUCUAUAUACAAACAGUUAAGAGUAUGGACAGCAGAGCUGCUUGCCUUAGCCAAUGCGUCUGCUGUGGCUUAUUGCGAGCGUGGACGGAGGCGUGGCACAUUUGUUUCGGACGAAUUUGGGCGCUGAACAGCAACAGCAACAAGAGAGAGAGAGAGAGCAACAGCAAGAAAAGGGAGAAAAACACGUUACAAAAUUUAUAAAUCUACCAUUUAAAAGUAAAGUAAACACAACUAGCUAAAAGUUAAACUACAUAUAUAAAGAAAACCUAAUUAAUAAGCAUAUGUCGUAUGUCGUUUGCAUGUAAGCGAAAGUUGAACUUGAAACUAGAAUUAUAUAAUGUUGGAAUUAUUAUUUAGUUAAAGAAAAACGGAUUGAGAGAACCGCUAAUAACAGCAGCAAGAGCAUGAUUCACUAAUACUGAAAGCUAUAAAAGAAAUACAAUACAAAACGCUCUAAACAAUUAAACAUAAAAACAAAACAAAACAAACAAAAAAAAAAACGGAAAAAGAAUAAAAGAAAAAAACUAUAUACAUACUGAUAUACAUCUAUAUAUAUGUAUAUAAGUUUAUAAACAUAAAUUUAAACUACAGUUAAAGAAGCAGCAUAGUAAACAAAA